CCCCAUACAGGUACGUACUUUCGCAAGCUUUAGUGGCCAUUCACUCGGUGAGCCAAGUUCCAAUCCAAACUAGUAAAAAAUUUAUGUCUUUUUUUUUCCCCUUCACUUCUUCUCCCCCACGACGCCAGACCGUGAUCAACCUCAAUCCAUCCCACACAGGAGAACAUCCAGGAUUCUCAUGUGCAAAUCAACGCAGAAUUCACACCAGACACGAUGACGCAGAUAGAUUUUCUUCUGCAUGAGUCCGCUGUUGGCUAUGCCAUCUUCAAGGUCGUCCACCAGCAGGACACGGUGGGCUUGCACCUGAAGGAGGUGCAGAAGGCUGGCCAGGACCUCUCGAAAUUCGGCAAGAUGGUGCAAUUGGUUAAUUUUGCGCCCUGGAGAAAUGCCGCCGACGCUCUGGAAAACAUCAACCUGAUCUCUGAGGGCAUCCUUCCCGAUUACCUGAAAUCCAAUCUCGAGCUCAAUCUUCCCCAGGCCAGGAAGAGCAAGAUUGUGCUGGGCGUCGCGGACAAAAACUUGGCCGGCUCCAUCAAGGCCGAGUUCCCGGGUGUCGAAUGCGAAACUGGCGACACGUCCGAGGUCGUGGCCGAUCUACUGCGAGGCAUCCGCCUACAUGCCUCCAAGUUGCUCAAGGGCCUUGAAGAGGGAGACGUAGAGAGGGCCCAGCUAGGUCUCGGUCACGCAUAUUCGCGCGGGAAGGUUAAGUUUAAUGUCCACAAGAACGAUAACCACAUCAUCAGAGCCAUCGCGACACUAGACAACCUCGACAAGGGCAUCAAUAUCUUUUCUCAGAGGGUUCGCGAAUCAUACGGGUGGCACUUCCCAGAACUCUACAGCAUCGCUUCCGACAACCUCACAUACGCGCGAUUGGCACUCUUCAUCGGUGACAAGGCGACCUUAUCGGAGGACAAGCUGCACGAUGUGGCUGCCCUCGUCGACGACGACGAGGACAGGGCGCAGGCCAUUCUCGCCAAAGCCAAGAUUUCUAUGGGGCGGGAGCUAUCGGAGGUUGACAUGGCCAACAUCUCCACCUUUGCCGAGAAGGUUGUUAAGCUGGCCGAAUACCGGAGGACGCUCUACAGCUAUUUGGUUGAUAAGAUGAGUACGGUCGCGCCAAACCUAGCCGCGCUCAUCGGAGAAGUUGUUGCCGCCCGCCUCAUACAGAAAGCCGGCUCCUUAACCAACCUGUCCAAAUACCCAGCUUCGACGCUUCAGAUUCUCGGGGCCGAGAAGGCCCUGUUCCGGGCCUUAAAGACAAAGGGUAAUACUCCCAAAUUCGGCCUCAUCUACCACAGCACAUACAUUGGCCGAGCAAGCCAGAAGGACAAAGGUCGUAUCUCGAGAUAUCUUGCCAAUAAGUGUAGUAUCGCUAGCCGGAUCGACAACUUUGCCGAGCAACCAUCCAAGAGGUUUGGAGAAGCGUUGCGGAAACAGGUGGAAGACCGAUUGGAGUUCUACGCGACCGGCAAGAAGCCAACCAAGAAUAGUGACGCGAUGAACCAGGCCAUGGCCGAUAUUCUGGCAGACGGUCAAAGUAUGGCCGUCGACAUAGAGAUGAUUGACGCGCCGCCGCUGAGUACGGCUCCUACGACGAAGAAAGAAAAGAAGUCGAAGGACAAGAAAGAAAAGAAAGAGACGAAGAAGGAUAAGAAGCGCAAGCAUAGCGAUGCGAAUGGUGCCGUGGAAGUGGAGGCUGAUGGAGAGAAGAAGAAGAAGAAGAAAAAGAAGAAGCACGGGGAUGAGUAGAACGUAGGGGUCGAGGUAAUAAAGGAGGCUAGGGAGUUUUGACGUUGGGCCAGGCAUCGGUUAGGCGUUCUGGACUUGAAGUGUCUUUAUAGUGGUGUUUUGCUCAAAUGGCAGAACCAUACAUACCCUGUUCCUAUUUUCCCUUGUUUCCCUGUAAGAGCUUGAUUUUCUCGCUUGCCUCUAUGGCUAACCGAACAACGCGGCCUUUUCAACUCUUCUCAGUAACGCUUACCGAGGCAGGAUAGGCUAUGAGGUAGCUAUCUCGAACUACGGGGGGAUUCGACCACGACGCUGGAAACGCUAAACACGCGACUCCUCUUCUCGAGCCUCGUUCCCAUCUACUGUUUGCCGGGGCACGCGUAGAAAGGACUCCGGACACCCAUCUCAUGACACGAU